AUGUAUCCAUUUGAACGAUUCAUGGGUGAUUCAAAGCGAUCAGUGAAAAAUAAGGCAAGAGUUGAGGGAUCAAUAUGUGCACAUUAUUUGCAUAGAGAAACUUCACAUUUUUGCUCUCAUUAUUUCAAUCAUAUGAUGUUGACUCCGAGAAUCAUAAGGAAUGAAGUUCACUUUAGAGAAAGAAGUCAAUUCACCUUAUCGAUUUUUGGUCGUCCCGGUCGUCCUUUUGGAAAGACAAGUGUGCAUUGGUUGUCUAAAAAAGAAAUGCAAUCUGGUCAUGUUCAUGUGUUGAUUAACUACGUUGAAGUUAAACCAUAUCUUGAGGCAUUUAAUACUUAUUAUUUGCAAAGCAUGGGUGAACAACCAUCGACGGGUUACACACAUGUCUAUUUUCCUACAUGGUUCAAGCAAUAA